AUGUCGAGCCGUUAUUCGAUAUUCUCAACUACCUCGAAUCCUAGUCUUCCGAAGUCUGCUUCUCAAAUAUCUACCAUCACCUUGCUUAAUUCGCUCCACAGCUCAUAUUCCACAGCUCAACCAUACCCGCUCGAAGCUGGGACAAGUGUAGUAGUAAACACAUGGCUGACAGUAUCUCCUUUGAAUCCGGAUGGCACGCCUCGUGGUAUCGUUGAUCCCCAGUUAGGUCAGAGAGCUUGGGAACAUGCGCGACGCAGAGCAGAGGAUGGCUGUAUUGUGCUGAGUGCCCUUCAUCGAUCAUGCCCUACCUUACUUCCGUCGUUCCUUUCUAUCUUACCACUAUCUACUCCUGAAGUAUUAUACGCUUCUCUCAAUGCUAUUCGUCCGUUCGUUACCGCAGUGACGCCUUUCAACCCUUCAUAUUCUCUAUAUUCGUCUUUGGCCGUAUCCUACACUUUUACGCUUGCCGGCAACGUCACUGGCUUGACACUCGCGUUAUCCAAGUCGGGACUCAACACUACGAGAGGCUUGCUAGAUGUACCUGCUGAGCCCGGUUACCGUGCCUUCGAUGUCUUUUACUAUCUGAUAAAUGCCGAGUCGAGCCAGGCGGAGAAAGAGUACCUGGAUUUGAAAGAGCCUUCGACCUAUUCAAUCUUGAAUAAAUCUGGAACUUAUGACCCUCCUUCAUUUUUACCGACUGCAGAUGAUGCUGCCGCCGCCGAGGACUUUCGAUCAGCUCUCAAAGCAAUUGGAAUAAAAGGCGCCUCACAGAGAGGCCUCUUGUCAAUCUUGGCUGGCCUUCUCAAGCUAGGAAACACUCUAGGAUUUCUGGUUGAUGAAGAAGAUCUCGAACAAGUCUGUGAAGAAGCGGCCGAACUUCUAGGCGUCGAUCCCGAAGCCUUGCUUCACGGCUGUUCUACCGAUGACCGCACGGUUCUCGUCACCGGCAUUUACGAGGCCUUGGUAGAUUGGGUUAUAUCCAAGGCCAAUGAAGCCAUUGCUACACAAAUCAAAGCUGAUCAGGAAGAUGGAUCUAGUGAUGGCUCAGGCGCUCCAUGGCAGACUGAAGACGCUUCAGACACAGUGACUAUUACCAUCGUUGACAUUCCAAGCCCGCCUCUUGGCAAAGCUGCGGCUCUUCAGGGUGUCUUUAACGAUGAACAGGGUAUCAACGCUGAAAUGAAAGAGGACGGCGUUGAGAUCGUCAGCCCCGGCCAAUCCGUCAUAAAUGAGAUGAAUAAUGCUGUUGCAGAGGUUGGGGCUGAUCUCGGAAUCACCGAAAGCGCUUCCUUCCGUGAGCGUGAACAUCUUAAUGAUCGGAGACAGACCGUUUUGGAAAAAAUUGGAGUAGAGGUGGAAAUUGGUGGUUUUCUCAGGGACAUUCUGUUCCCAGAUCCAAACGAAGGUAUAACCUUGGGAAAACGUGGUCGUUUUGAUCUCCCAGCAACUCUGGGUAGUAGUAGAGUGUGGUAUCAUCUUGCCGUUCAUCCUACAGAUGAUGCACCCCAAAUGUUUGCAGCAUCACCGAGCACGAUGUCUCCAUGGUCUGCUGGAGCAGUUUCCCGUCAACUGCGAGAUUGGCGAUUGCCCGAGUGGGCCAAUAGACGACAUAAGCACCUUGACUUCACUGCCGACUUUGACGUAGACGAAUUCGUGACCCGAUAUGCGCCUUUGGGUUGUAAGGAGGGUAAGGACGGUGUCGAAAGCUGGAUACUUGAAAGAGGUUGGAGCAAUGGAGACGUGGUUGUUGGGAAGGAACGAAUCUGGAUGCGAGAAGGCGCUUGGUGGGAGGCUGAAUCAAUGCUCGAUCUCAAACCUCUGGGCGAUAUGCCAAUUAACCCUUUCGAAAGUGGUUAUUCUGUCACACCUCCAAACCUGAAUGGUUCGGGCUUCCCCCCUGCGAUGCCUAUUGCGGACAGUAGCAGCUUCAUAGCCAGCCGUGACAAUCUUCUCAACGUUAAUAGACAGAGCACAAUGUCUCCGGGCGUCGCUCGUUCAAUUGCCCCAACCAAUAACCAAACGCUGCGCUCCAUGGGCGGUGGUGACUAUGGGCUCGGAUCAAAGGGUGAUGAUUAUAAAGGUGACGAUGCUUAUUAUGAGGCUGAGUUGAACCGUCUCGCUGGAGAUGAUCCUGAAUUUGGUCAGCGCAAACAUAUUGAAAAGAAGAAAAUUACUCUGGGCCGACGUCUCUGGGCCGGAUUUGUGUGGGCGUUGACUUUUUGGAUUCCAUCAUUCCUCCUACGGUACGUUGGGCGCAUGAAGAGACCGGACAUUCGCAUGGCUUGGCGAGAAAAGGUCGUGCUUGUCGCCUUGAUUCUUUUCUUCAAUGCAGUAAUGGUCUUCUGGAUUAUCGAGUUCGGAAACUUACUCUGUCCCAACAAGAACAAAGUCUGGAACGAGAGAGAGCUGAGUUAUAACCAAGGUGAUAAUGAUUUCUACGUCGGCGUUCGUGGCACGGUCUAUGAUAUCAGCAAAUUCUGGCGGAUACAGCAUAGUGACACCACUACUACGACCAGUUCAGCAAAUAUGCAAUGGGCCGGAGGACAGAUCUUGGAUCCUUACUUCCCGGUUCCUCUAACUCAAGGCUGCGCGGCAUUCGUAUCGGAUACCUCUAUCACCUUACGACACAACAACACUGAAGCCGUCACUCAGGUGACUGCUGUACACACCAGCGGACCUCUACAGCAAGUUACCGCCUCGGCACUACACAACAUCACUUGGUAUGCCGAUAGAUUUCUUCCGUUCAUGGCCCAGUACUACAAAGGCGAUAUUGUGUGGACGAGAGACACGAUUACCGACCAGGCAAACAAUGAUGCAAGAUACUGGGUGAUUAUCAACAAUGGGGUAUACGAUUUGACCGACUACUUUUACACUUCUUCCUUGAUGAACAAUAUAGAUACGUACAAUUUUCUACCGAGUGCCGUGACAGCUCUGAUCAAACAAAACGUGGGUUCAGAUAUUACCGACAAGUGGCAGAAUUCACCCCAGUUUCAGAAUGCUCUUACUUGCAUGAAGAACGUCUUUUAUGUCGGAAAGGUGGACUUCAGACAGUCAGCAAGGUGUACAGUCAACAAUUGGAUUCUACUAGCAUUCACGAUCGUUGUUUGCUCGGUUAUUCUAGUCAAGUUCUUGGCUGCACUUCAGUUUGGCUCGAAGCCUCGUCCGGCCCCUCAAGACAAAUUUGUCAUCUGUCAGGUUCCAGCGUAUACAGAAGGCGAAGAUUCACUUCGGAAAGGUCUGGACUCGCUCACAGCUCUUCAGUACGAUAACAAGAGAAAGCUCAUCUGCGUUGUCUGUGAUGGAAUGAUUGUUGGAGGUGGAAAUGAUAGACCAACUCCAAAAAUCGUGCUUGACAUUCUCGGCGUCGAUCCAAAGGUUGAUCCACCAGCUCUGCCAUUCAGAUCCGUUGGCCAAGGAAGCGAACAAUUGAACUACGGCAAAGUCUAUUCCGGUCUGUAUGAAUUCGAAGGCAAUGUUGUUCCAUACAUUGUUAUUGUCAAAGUCGGAAAGGAAUCAGAGCAAUCAAAGUCUAAGCCAGGAAACCGUGGAAAGCGCGAUUCUCAGGUCCUUUUACUCAACUUCCUCAACCGUGUGCACCAUAGGGCACCGAUGUCGCCUCUGGAGUUAGAAAUCUUCCAUCAGAUCAACAAUGUGAUUGGUGUUGAUCCCGAAUUGUAUGAGUUCCUUUUCAUGGUUGACGCCGAUACUAGUGUCAAAGAGGAUUCACUCAACCGACUCGUGGCUGCCUGCGCCAACGAUGCCAGAAUUGCUGGUAUUUGUGGUGAAACCAGUCUACAAAAUGAAGAACGAAGUUGGUGGACGAUGAUUCAAGUUUACGAAUACUAUAUUUCCCACCAUCUCUCCAAAGCUUUUGAAUCCUUAUUCGGCAGUGUCACUUGCCUUCCUGGAUGUUUCUGCAUGUACCGCCUUAGGACCGCUGAUAAAGGACGGCCAUUAAUCAUCUCUGACAAGGUCAUCAAGGAGUAUUCUGAUGGUGAUCUUGACACCUUGCAUAAGAAGAAUCUUCUAGCCCUAGGAGAGGAUCGAUUCCUCACAACUCUUAUGGCGAAACACUUCCCUACCAUGUCAUACAAGUUUGUCGCCGACGCUUAUGCCAGCACCGCUGCUCCCGAAACAUGGAGUGUCCUUUUGUCUCAAAGACGUCGCUGGAUCAACUCCACUAUACACAACCUGGUAGAGUUGGCUGCACUCAAGGAUCUGUGCGGUUUCUGCUGUUUCAGCAUGCGGUUUAUCGUCUUGAUUGAUCUCUUGGGUACAAUUAUCCUUCCUGCCACCUGUGCAUACUUGAUCUACCUCAUAUAUCUGGUUGCCACCUCUAAAGGAAACUUUGGUGUCAUCUCCGUCGUCAUGUUAGCUGCUGUUUACGGUCUCCAGGCUAUCCUCUUUAUUCUGAAACGUCAGUGGCAGCACAUCGGCUGGAUGAUCAUAUACCUGUGUGCUUUCCCGAUCUACUCCGUUGUAUUGCCUCUUUACUCGUUCUGGAAACAGGAUGACUUCACGUGGGGAAAUACCCGUGUUGUCAUUGGAGAAAAAGGUGAUCAACGUGUUGUGGCUGUGGAAGAUGAAGUAUUUGAUCCCAGAAGCAUUCCUCUUCAACGAUGGGAUGACUACGCCUUGGCUAACAACCUACCUGGUCGACGCGGUAACGCCGAAUAUGGCGAGGAGAAGCAGCCCAUGCACUAUACUGAUGAAACGGCAAUGGAGAUGGACGAUUUCCGCUCUACAUAUUCAUCCGUAAAGCCAGCAUCCACUAUUUUGACAGGAUUCCCUGGUGGUCGUGGCUCGUACAUGCCACCUCAAUCCCCUGCUCAGUUUGGUGGCAACAACAACCGCAACUCGCGAAUGUCCUCCUUCACACGAUACACUGACGCACCUCAACUCGGUGGUCAUGCACAGCGUCAUAUGUCCAUGGGCAAUAUUAGCAGCUACCAGGACAACCCGAUGAAUUCAAGCAGACUAAGCAUGCCUAUGAUGCAAAGCUCCGACAAUCUCUUGGGCGUACCCGGUCGACAGAGAAGCCCCCUAGGUGGUGGUUAUGGUUCCCGGCCUGUGAGCACCGUCAUGGACUUCCGAACUGGACCCGGUCAUGGACCUGAUGACCAUACGAUCGUGGAGGCCAUCCGCCAAGUUCUGGCUGAGGUCGAUCUUGAUAAUGUCACUAAGAAACAAGUGAGAGCUCUUGUCGAACAACGACUCCAGACUGAAUUGACUGGCGACCGACGUACUUUUGUUGAUUCUCAAAUCGAUCAAGAACUUGCCAACAUGUGA